AUGGAUUUCAGCAGGUUUUUAGUGGUGCUUAUAUGCCUUAUUUUUAGUGUUUUGUCAACUAUUGAACAGUAUACAGAUUUUGCAAUUGAAAUGUUAUUUUGGAUGGAAACAGUAUUAGUAGUAUUUUUUGGAGUAGAAUAUAUUGUUCGAUUAUGGUCAGCUGGAUGCCGAAGCAAAUAUAUGGGAUUUUGGGGACGUCUUCGGUUUGCUAGAAAACCUAUUUCAAUUAUAGACUUAAUCGUUGUUGUGGCAUCUAUUGUUGUCUUGGCUGUGGGAUCUAAUGGCCAAGUAUUUGCUACAUCAGCAAUCAGGGGAAUUCGUUUUCUACAAAUUUUACGAAUGCUUCAUGUUGAUAGACAAGGUGGCACUUGGAGAUUACUGGGAUCAGUUGUAUUUGUUCAUAGGCAGGAAUUAAUAACGACAUUAUAUAUUGGCUUUCUUGGACUCAUUUUUUCAUCAUAUUUCAUGUAUUUAGCAGAAAAGGAUGAAUUAGGACUGAAAGGAGACACAGAUUUUACUAGCUAUGCAGAUGCAUUAUGGUGGGGAGUGAUUACAGUUACUACCAUUGGCUAUGGUGAUACAGUGCCUAAAACAUGGAUGGGAAAAAUUGUUGCUUCUUGUUUCUCUGUAUUUGCCAUCUCUUUUUUUGCAUUGCCUGCAGGAAUUUUAGGUUCAGGAUUUGCCUUAAAAGUACAGCAGAAGCAGAGACAAAAGCAUUUCAAUAGGCAAAUUCCAGCUGCUGCAACAUUAGUUCAAGUAAGCAAAUACAUUUUAUCAAAAUCUAUUACAGUUACUACCAUUGGCUAUGGUGAUACAGUGCCUAAAACAUGGAUGGGAAAAAUUGUUGCUUCUUGUUUCUCUGUAUUUGCCAUCUCUUUUUUUGCAUUGCCUGCAGGAAUUUUAGGUUCAGGAUUUGCCUUAAAAGUACAGCAGAAGCAGAGACAAAAGCAUUUCAAUAGGCAAAUUCCAGCUGCUGCAACAUUAGUUCAAGUUGCAAAACGAGCCAGUGUUUUAAAAAGAAGGAAAUCUAAGAAUAAGUUUGAAUUAGGAAACAUUUUGUCUUCAGAUACAUCAGUGCAACAUGAAACAGAUGGAUCUGGCUGUGCCGAAGAAUCUAAGGGACUGACAUUAAGAGGAAAAAAAGAAGGUAAAUUAAACACUAAUCAGAGUAACACAACAGAUGUAAUUUCUGAUGAAAUAGAAAUUGAUAUAGAUGAUCCACCUCGAUUAACAAUAUUAACUGAAGCGCAUAGAAAUGCAAUUAGAGCAAUUAGAAAAAUCAAAUAUUUUGUAGCAAGAAGAAAAUUUCAGCAAGCAAGAAAGCCAUAUGAUGUUAGAGAUGUGAUAGAACAAUAUUCUCAAGGUCACUUGAAUAUGAUGGUUCGUAUUAAAGAAUUACAGAGAAGAUUAGAUUAUACUCUUGGAAAACCAGGUUCAUAUUUAGCAGAAAGAGGAAUGAAACCUAUGACAAUUGGAGCAAGAUUGCAUCGAAUGGAACAACAGAUGUCAGGAAUCGAGAAAAGAUUGGAGACAAUUGUAUCAGCACUUGGAAUAAUUGAGAAAAAUCAGAAACAACCACCUUCUUACAAUGCUUAAGGAAAUGCCAUAAAAUAGAUUCUCAGCAUUUUAAACUAAUUUGGGAAUUCAGGUUUAUAUUUUUGUCUACCAUUCUGCUUUUCCAUUACAAGCACUCGCUUCAUCUAUACAUUUCCAAAUGAGAAGAAAUGAUAAUUUAAAAACUAUGCACAAUUUUUAUAUUUGUUUAUACAUGUUCAAUUAUUUUAGCGUUAAAUAAUUUCAUUUGUAAUUGCUUGUAUUUCAUAAUUUUUAU